UUUUUUUUAAUUUUUGAUGGUCACCCGAAUAAUGAUUUCGUUUAGUUUCAAUGCUGUCAAUAAUGAAACACCAUUGUUGCAGUAUUACAUGGAUUAUUACUGCCUUAAAAAUUAAAUUGUGAUAAUAAUAUUAUAAAUGUUCAUGAUAAAGUGAAGUGAAAAACUCUUAUAAACAAUUUAGUGGUUAAUUCAAAUAAUGAUAACUAAAAUGCAGCCACAAACAAAUGUUGCCGUGCCGCAAGCUGUCACGACGCAGUCCCAACAGAUUGUCGGUGUUCCCGCAAAUGCCGUAAUCUUAAAAAUGUCGGAUAUUCAACAAAUUUCGACAGUCGGGUUAUUGGAGCUUGCACAUAGAGAAUACCAGGCUGGUGACUAUGACAGUGCAGAAUUGCAUUGUAUGCAGAUGUGGAGGCAGGACUCCACAAACACUGGGGUCUUGUUGCUUCUGUCAUCCAUACACUUCCAAUGUAGAAGGUUGGACAAGUCUGCACACUUUUCCACACUGGCAAUCAAACAAAACCCAUUACUAGCAGAAGCAUACAGCAAUCUGGGAAAUGUGUACAAAGAAAGAGGUCAGUUGCAAGAAGCAUUGGAGAACUAUCGCCAUGCCGUAAGGCUGAAACCCGACUUUAUUGAUGGGUACAUCAACCUGGCAGCUGCUUUGGUGGCAGCUGGUGACAUGGAGCAAGCUGUUCAAGCAUAUGUGACUGCUCUGCAAUAUAAUGCUGAUCUUUACUGCGUUAGAAGCGAUUUGGGCAAUUUGCUCAAGGCUCUCGGACGUCUCGACGAGGCAAAGGCAUGUUACUUGAAAGCUAUUGAAACAAGGCCAGACUUUGCAGUAGCAUGGAGUAACUUAGGUUGCGUUUUUAACGCACAAAGUGAAAUCUGGUUGGCAAUUCACCAUUUUGAAAAGGCAGUGGCGUUGGACCCCAACUUUUUGGACGCAUACAUAAACCUUGGAAAUGUACUCAAGGAAGCUAGAAUAUUUGACAGGGCUGUAGCUGCAUACUUACGAGCACUUAACCUAUCUCCCAACAAUGCCGUUGUUCACGGAAAUUUAGCGUGCGUCUAUUACGAGCAGGGACUUAUCGACUUAGCUGUCGAUACAUACAGAAGAGCGAUUGAACUUCAACCUAAUUUCCCUGACGCAUAUUGUAACUUAGCGAAUGCGCUUAAAGAAAAGGGUCAAGUGGCCGAUGCGGAAGAAUGCUACAACACAGCUCUCCGAUUGUGUCCAUCACACGCAGAUUCGCUCAACAACUUGGCGAACAUCAAGCGAGAACAAGGAUACAUAGAAGAAGCUACGCGCUUAUACUUAAAGGCGUUAGAAGUGUUCCCAGAAUUUGCCGCCGCCCACAGCAAUUUGGCCUCGGUUUUACAACAGCAGGGAAAACUAAACGAGGCACUCAUGCAUUACAAGGAGGCUAUCCGUAUUCAGCCAACAUUUGCUGAUGCGUACAGUAACAUGGGAAACACCCUCAAGGAGAUGCAGGAUGUCGCCGGAGCGUUGCAGUGCUACACGCGAGCGAUUCAAAUAAAUCCCGCCUUUGCCGACGCACACAGUAACCUUGCCAGCAUUCACAAGGACUCCGGGAACAUUCCCGAGGCCAUCCAGUCUUACCGGACGGCGUUGAAACUUAAACCGGACUUCCCUGACGCCUAUUGCAACUUGGCGCAUUGCCUGCAAAUUGUUUGCGAUUGGACCGACUAUGAGGCUCGGAUGAAGAAAUUAGUCAGCAUUGUCGCUGAACAGUUAGAGAAGAAUAGACUGCCAUCAGUUCAUCCGCAUCACUCCAUGCUGUAUCCCCUGUCGCAUGAUUUCAGGAAGGCCAUAGCCGCCCGUCACGCGAACUUAUGCCUAGAGAAGGUUCAAGUUCUACAUAAACCGCUAUUCAAAUUCCCCCGCGAGUUACAAGGCCGUCUACGUAUCGGUUACGUGAGCAGUGAUUUUGGCAAUCAUCCAACGUCUCACCUUAUGCAGUCUGUGCCGGGGUUGCAUGACCGGUCUAAAGUUGAGAUAUUUUGCUACGCUCUUAGUCCGGAUGACGGCACUACCUUCCGGUCCAAGAUCGCACACGAGGCUGAACAUUUUAUUGAUUUAUCUCAGCUGCCAUGCAACGGAAAGGCGGCCGAUAAAAUAUACGGAGACGGCAUCCAUAUCCUCGUGAAUAUGAAUGGGUACACAAAGGGAGCUAGGAAUGAAAUAUUCGCAUUGAGGCCGGCGCCGGUGCAAGUGAUGUGGUUGGGAUACCCCGGCACCAGUGGGGCUAGUUAUAUGGACUACUUGGUGACGGAUGCUGUGACGUCACCUCUGGAAUUGGCCAGUCAAUACAGCGAGAAGUUGGCUUAUAUGCCGCACACAUACUUUGUUGGAGACCAUAAGCAGAUGUUCCCACAUUUGCAGGAGAGAUUAAUUCUAAGUGACAAGGUGAAAUCGCAUAACUUAGGAAUUCUGGCGGAUAACGUUGCCGUGAUCAAUGCGACCGAUUUGUCGCCUCUCGUCGAGCACACUGAUAUUAAGGAGAUUAAGGAAAUCGUUCGGGCAGCGCGGCCCCUCGAGAUAUCCAUGAAAGUAGCAGAGCUGCCCACCACCACGCCGAUUGAAACUAUGAUUGCUUCCGGACAAGUACAGACGUCAGUCAACGGAGUGAUCCUCCAAAACGGAUUGGCGACAACCCAGACGAACAACAAAGCGGCAACUGGCGAAGAAGUGCCCCAAUCGAUAGUAAUCACGACCAGGCAGCAGUAUGGCUUGCCGGAUGACGCAGUUGUGUACUGCAAUUUCAACCAGCUGUACAAAAUAGACCCCCUGACGUUACACAUGUGGGUGUACAUUCUGAAGCAUGUGCCGAACAGUGUGCUGUGGUUGUUAAGAUUUCCAGCUGUCGGUGAACCUAAUUUGCAGUCCACAGCUCAGCAACUGGGGUUGCCACCGGGUAGGAUAAUAUUCUCGAAUGUAGCGGCCAAAGAAGAGCACGUACGAAGAGGACAGUUGGCUGACGUGUGUCUGGACACACCUUUAUGUAACGGACACACAACCAGUAUGGACAUUUUAUGGACAGGAACGCCUGUUGUUACAUUGCCCGGAGAAACUUUGGCUUCUCGAGUGGCAGCGUCGCAAUUAAAUACGCUCGGUUGUCCUGAAUUAAUAGCGAGAACGCGCCAGGAGUACCAAGACAUUGCCGUACGACUCGGAACUGACAGGGAAUACCUAAAAGGGAUCCGGGCAAAAGUAUGGACGGCGCGAUCGGAGAGCCCUCUGUUCGACUGCAAAGCAUACGCAACGGGCCUAGAAAUGCUUUACAACAGAAUGUGGGCCCGGUAUGCGAGAGGAGAACGGCCUGAUCACGUCCAGGCUAUAGAUCAAUAGGCCGAACAACACUGCGACAGUGAAGGGACAUCCAAGAAGCGACGAUGGUGUUAGUGAAGUGAUUAGUGAUAGUGACUGUUAAGAAUGAUACUCUAGUAAAGUGAUAUAUAUUGGAAUAAGUGGCUUAAGAUAUCAUAAUACCACUAGAAAAAAGUGUUACAGAAAUGGUAUGUUAUUCCUGCUAUUGUAGUUGGUAUCAUAAAAUACCCAUAUUCCAGUGAGAAUAAUGAUUGGAAUGGAAGACACAGACAUAGAGUCUGUAAGUAGAUUGGUUGUUUAACAGAUCUACUUAUCCAACAUUAUUUUACCUUAACCUGCUAAUGGUAGGAAUAACAUUUAAAGAUUCUUUUAGAGGCUAAUGUCUCUACUUUUUCAAUUCUCUUAAAGUAUUAUGUAGAUUAUUUUUAUGACCUAAUUAACCCAGUAUAAUGUGAGGCACAAAGCUGUUAACAAUAAUUGUUGGAAUUGAUUUGACAUUGUAUAUAUUGAUGACUUUGUAGUGACAAUUUUUUUUGCCUCCUGUAAAAGGGAACUCCUAAAUUCUAGAUUGAUUAGUAAUUUAUUUCUUUACAUCUCCAGUAUUGUAUAUAUUAUACAGCUGGUAAUAACAGUAUCUCUCAAUGUGAGUAAUUUUUAUAUUUUUCUGCAAGAGAUGGUUUAAUAAUUUCAUUGAAUUCAAUAAUUGUAGAAUUUCCCAAUUAAAUUGUCUUAGCAAUAAUUAAAUGUGGCCUUUAUAGUGUGUGCCAUUACAAAAUGCAAUACAUUUUAAUUUCAUUUCUCUUUUGGUGUUUCAUAAAAAUUGGACUCUGUUAGGGUAAGUAAAUUAUUUUAGUGUUGAGGAAUGAUGUCGCAGUGUUUGGAUAAAAAUCUACAUUUAAUAAAACAAAUAUUCGGCUUUUGACUAUAAUCCUAGAUAGAACUAAGACUAAAUUAAAUAUUUGGGUAUACCAGUAACUAGAAUCUCGCACUGAGAUAAUGAUAUUGUUUUAGCUGUGGCAAAAAUUUGGUAUAUGGCGAGUUUAAUAUAUUUUCUAAUCUAUAUUAUAAACGAUUCUUUUCAUAACCUAGUGACUACACAGCUUCAUUCAAACAAACUAUGUAAGACUGAAUAUAUGAAAGAUUAAUUUGUAGUGUUCUUUAAUAUGUUAAGAAUAUAAAAGUUGUUAAUAGAAGUAAAUGCGCAAUAGUUUUCUAGUUUUCAUACAAUUCAUUGUUUGAAUUAGUUAAGCAUUGUUACAUGUUGUAUAAGAAAGAUGUGAUAUAAUCGGUGGACUAAAUGAAAAACAGUUUCAUUUAUGCAGCAAGUGUUAACAAUGAAUUGUUCAACUAAAUUACUGCGAAAUGAUUUUAGAAUUUGUAAGGCAGUAAAAUAUUUCUAAAUUGUUUGAUUUAAAAGUACCGCUUACUAAAUUACAAAUGUUUAGCAGACAUUCUUCACUUUGCUGAUUGUAAAUAUUAGAUGAAACAGUUCUAGGUAUAAUAAAGGAGUGAUAAUGA